GGAGGGGAGAGGAGGGCGGGGCGGGGCGGGGCGGGGGCGGGGCUCUGGGGCCGGGGCUCUGGGCCCUGCGCCCUGCCGGAGUCCCGGGAGAGCGGCGGCGGCACCAUGGAGAGCGGAUUUACGUAUGAAGACUAUCAGAACACCGCCAAGUGGCUUCUGUGCCGCACCAAGCACCGGCCGCAGGUGGCGGUCAUCUGUGGGUCCGGGUUGGGAAAUCUGGCGGACAGACUGACGGAGGCCCAGAGCUUUGACUACAGCGAGAUACCAAACUUCCCCCGUAGUACAGUGCCGGGUCAUGCUGGUCGGCUGGUGUUUGGGUUCCUGAAUGGCAAAGUCUGCGUGAUGAUGCAGGGCAGGUUCCACAUGUAUGAAGGCUACUCGCUCUCGAAGGUGACGUUCCCCGUGAGAGUUUUCUUCCUCAUGGGUGUGGACACCCUCGUGGUCACCAAUGCAGCCGGAGGACUCAACCGUGAGUUUGAGGUUGGAGAUAUUAUGCUGAUCCGUGAUCACAUCAACCUACCAGGCUUCAGUGGUUGGAACCCCCUUCAAGGGCCCAAUGAUGAAAGGUUCGGAGUCCGUUUCCUUGCCAUGUCUGAUGCCUAUGACCGGGACAUGAGGCAGAAGGCUCACAGUACCUGGAAACAGAUGGGGGAGCAGAGAGAGCUGAAGGAAGGCACCUAUGUGAUGGUGACAGGCCCCAGCUAUGAGACCGUGGCCGAGUGUUCCCUGCUGCAGCAGCUGGGGGCAGAUGCUGUUGGCAUGAGCACGGUGCCAGAAGUCAUAGUCGCGAGGCACUGUGGACUCCGGGUGUUUGGCUUCUCUCUCAUCACUAACAAAGUCAUCCUGGAUUAUGAAACCCGGGAGAGGGUGAAUCAUGAGGAAGUGCUAGAGGCGGGGAAACAAGCUGCACGAAAACUGGAACAGUUUGUCUCCCUUCUCAUGACCAGUAUCCCACCUCCCAGCAAAGCCGGCUAACCGGCCGUGCAGCGCCUGGCCUCCCCCUAUGGGAUCCAGCGCCUACUACCUACUUGGGCCCUUGCGGGGUCCCGUGCCUCUGUCCUUAAGUAGUAGGAGAAAGGAGAGGAGGAUCCCCGUCUUUCGCCCUCCCCGUUGCUGUCACCCCCCUUCUUCUCCGAGAGCUAGUGCCAAGGCCUGCCUCGCACACGCCCGGGCUGGUGAGCCUGUUGAGCUUGGCGCGGUAGCUACUGCUGCCCUUUAGAGACGCGCUUUCACAUUCCCGGGCCCGUGGUGCCCCCUGCAAAGCACCAGAGCCCGCACAAGGGCCGGUCCAGCCCAAUACCUCGUGGGCUUUAAUAUCACUGUAUUCCGAGAAUAAAAAGAAGGAUGAAAUGGCA